CAAACAGCAAAAGCAAUGGCACCGUCAGAGGGUUCGGGAGGUGUAACAGUAACAGCAGCACCGCCAUACCCAAGUGCUGCGAGGAUUUCCGACUCUCCUUGUUUUCCUCAAUACACUGCUUCUCUCAAAUGUCUAGAAGAAUUUAACUCGGACAAAAGCAAAUGCCAGGAACAUUUUGAUAUUUAUAAGGAAUGCAAGAAAAAGGAGAGGGAAGCUCGACUUGAACGUAACCGGAAUAGGUCUCUCUUCUCAUGAAACUUGUUUUGAUACUCGUGCUUCGUCUAAUCUAGUAGAAUGAAGUUGGACUUGAGCUUUCCAUAAAUGGUGUAGACAAUAGAGGGCUACAGUGAAUACAGAACCAUGCUUUACGUUGAGUGACAAGGAAAAACUUUCUUUUCAUUUGUGUUCUCAAUACUAUUUAUUAUUCAAUGUUCGUUUGACUAUGUUGAGCAUCAUUUGGAUUUGAAUUCUCUGAUGCUGCUGUUUUGUAACGUUUUGAUUUCUUUUGGAACUAGAAUGUCUUUGUGUUGACUGUUGAAUCGUCCUUGUGACAGAAAGGUUGAACUGCCAACAAAUUCAAAUAGGAAAUCUUCCUCUCUAUGUUUUUACCUGGGUCUGUCAUAACACUAUUUUGUUCUUUUAAUUUAAAACAUCGCCUCUCAAAUUCAUGGAAACGGAAUAAAUUUUCAAAUAUUUGAAGUUAUCUAUUAUGCUAGUAUUUUUUAGGUCUCCAAUGUUGAAACCAUAAGUUUGGAUUCUCUCAAAACAAGAAAGAGUGCACAUUACAUGAUUUGUUUAGGGAACCAUAUACAUGUGCAGCCUUAAUGAAGCACACACAUUUAUCAAAAAAAAAAAAAAAAAAAAA